AUGAUGCUUUUAUUUCAACAACUGAUUGUUUGUAUAUCUAACGCCGAAGAUAUGGAAGAAGUAAUGAAAAGUUUAAAUUGUUUUCAAAAGGAUACACCUUAUCCGGUAAUUGAAGAUGUUUUCUCGGUUAAGGGGGUACUUACAACUAAUAAUGUACAUGACUAUAAAAAAAACAGGAAAAUAAUAUCGCAAUGGUUAAAGUAUUCAAAUUUAAAAUCAAUGAUAACUUCUUUCUACGAUGAAUCCAAAAUUCUUGCACACAUAUUGAGUGAAAAGAGUAAAGGAAAGCCAUUUGAACUUGAAAUAGGCCGCCUUUUCGACCUAGCGUCGAUGGACACUAUUGGGAGAACAGCGCUGGGAGAAGAAUUUAACUCACAAAACAAAGAAAACCAUGAUUUCCAAAAAAGUUAUGAACGUAUAGCAAAAAUGUUUGCAUACAGACUUUCGAACCCAUGGUUUUUAAUUUCGACUUUAUUUUCACUGUCAUCGAAAAAACAUGAACAACGAAAUAGUCAACAUUUAAUGCAUAAAUUUGUUAAUGACUUAAUUCAGAAAAAACAAGUCGAACUCAAUGAAAAAGCGAAAACUACAAUUAUUGGGAGUUAUGACACAGAUUGUGUUUCUCAAAAACCUAAAUCUUUAAUUGAAAUUCUAUUAGCAAGCGAACAACAAAUAACACCUAAAGAAAUACGGGACGAACUUAUAACCAUUAUUAGUGCGGGACAUGAAACAACUGCAAAAUCAAAUUCAUUAAUUAUAUUUAUGCUGGCUCAUCAUCAAGAUGUUCAACAAAAUGUAUAUCAAGAAAUAAAUUCAAUAUUUUCGGCUGGCGACUUUAACCGAUCACCUACACACGAAGAUUUACAGAAAAUGGAAUACUUAGAACGAGUAAUCAAAGAAACUAUGCGGCUUUGUUCAACUGUACCCUUAAUUACCAGAAAAGUAGAAAACGAAAUGAUGAUUGGAAAACACAUAAUCCCGGCAGACACAAUUCUUCUGAUUUGUAUUCAAUGUUUGCAUUUGAAUCCCAAGUACUAUAAGGAUCCUGAACAAUUUAAUCCUGACAACUUCUUACCUGACGUGUGUCGCAAUCGUCAUCCUUUUGCGUACGUUCCUUUUAGUGGUGGCUCAAGGAACUGUAUUGGAAUUAAAUACGCAAUGCUUCAAGUGAAGACUACGAUAUCUACUCUUGUGAGGUCCUAUCGGUUUUCGCCAUCGGAAAAAUGCCUUACGCCGAAGGAUCUCAAAUUAUCUUUUACUAUAGCAGUGGAAUUUAUCAAUGGAUGUUACGUUAAAAUAGAACCGAGAACAUAAUAGCUUGUAAAUUUAAAUGUUUAGGUGGGUUUUAUUUAAUUAAAGU